AUGGGCUUCACGCCUAGCGAGGUCGGCGCCGUUUACAUUUCAUUCCACACUCUCUACGUCGAGCUUAGGGACGACGACCAUUUCGGCCAGGUCAUCAGACUCAACUUGAACAAGUAUAUAGGAUGGCACGAUGGCGCUCUCAAAUGGGACAGCAGUGGCUACGACGAAUAUUGCAAUAUUGCCCAUUUCCGCUGGGAAGGUGAGGUGCCAACGAUGCAAGCUGAAAUGCUGGAGUUUCCAGAUGGUCAUCCAUUGAUACCCCUCAGACUUGACCGGAUUACAAUCGAGGAUGGCGCAUUCAAUGUCCAGUCGGAGAAACCUGACUUGUCCUUCCCUAACGAUGCUAUGCUUAAACUCAUUGACGGACAUAUCCUCACUGCCAGAAUCAAGAACCAAGAGGGUGACAGGCAUGAAUCUUCCCUCGAUCUAGAUAAUUACCUGGGAAACAAUAAUUCCAAUUUCGAGUGGGACAGUAAGGGGUUCUCCAAACUUGCCACAGAUGCCUCUUUUAAAAUUGAAGAUGGUGUGCCCAUCCUGCGGGCUAAGCUGCGCAGUAACGGAUGGGAAUCGUAUGAGAGAAAGAUCAACUUGGCCGAGCGGGUCAAAAACAGCGAGGGCAAAUUGGAGUGUGUGCACUACCCUAGACAUUUUCUUCGCGAGGCCGAGAGGGUCCGAAUGGAAGGAAGUGUACUUCAGGUCGAGGUUUUCAGCGACGCUCAAGGCCCUCAUUUCCGCACCGCCGAACUCGAUCUGGACAAAUGCUUAGCAACAAAUUCUUGGGGUCAUUUGAAAUGGAAUAAGAAAGGUAGCUCUGGCUUCAGGAACAUCGAUUUCCGCUUGGACGGUGAAGGAAAGGUGCCCACCCUUCAUGGUCAGCUGGGAGAAGAAUAUGUAUCCAUUAGUGCGGAGCGCAUUGCAAGUAGCGAUGGCAAAUUGUACAUUAAGUACUGGGACCAGUUAUAUUAG